UUUAUGUUGCUCACAAUUUCAACUCUUACUAGUUUACUUUUGUCACAACGUGUUGUCGUGGAGAUUAAGAUUGCAGGGCUCAAAGGAAUAACAACAACAACAACAAAAUAGAAUGAUGGUGUUUGAUUAUCUAAGAAACCUUGGUAAUCAAGAACACCCACAGGUACUUCUCAUAACGGUGUUCGUGGCCAUUCUUUGUCUUUGCUUAAUCAUCGGUCACUUGCUUGAAGAGAACCGCUGGGUUAACGAGUCCAUCACUGCCAUUUUGACUGGAUGCAUAGCUGGAACAGUAAUCUUGUUUCUGAGCAAAGGGAAAAGUUCUCACAUCCUUACCUUCAAUGAGGAAUUGUUCUUCAUAUAUCUCCUUCCACCAAUAAUAUUUAAUGCUGGAUUUCAGGUCAAGAAAAAGCAGUUCUUCCAAAACUUCCUUACUAUCAUGUUCUUUGGGGUGUUUGGUGUUUUCAUUUCUGCUGUAGUUAUCACAGCUGGCAGCUGGUGGCUGUUUCCUAAGCUGGGAUUUGUUGGUCUGACUGCACGAGAAUAUCUGGCUAUAGGAACAAUAUUUUCAUCAACUGAUACAGUGUGUACACUGCAGGUUCUCCAUCAAGAUGAAACUCCUUUGCUGUACAGCCUAGUUUUUGGGGAAGGAGUUGUGAAUGACGCGACAUCAGUUGUUCUGUUUAAUGCAAUUCAAAAGCUUGAUGUUUCAAGAGUAGAUGGCAAGAUUGUGCUUCAUGUUAUUGGAGAUUUCUUUUACCUUUUCUUAACUAGUACUGCUCUUGGAGUCAUUGCUGGACUUGUGGCAGCAUAUAUUCUUAAAACCUUAUACUUUGGAAGACACUCAAGCAUCCGCGAAAUUUCUUUGAUGAUUUUAAUAGCAUAUCUGUCCUACAUGUUGGCAGAGCUACUGCAACUUAGUGGAAUUCUCACUGUUUUCUUUUGUGGGAUUCUGAUGUCACACUAUGCAUGGCAUGAUGUGACUGAUAGUUCAAGAAUCACAACCAGGCAUGUAUUUGCAACAAUGUCAUUUAUUGCAGAGACAUUCAUUUUUCUUUAUGUGGGAAUGGAUGCUCUUGACAUUGAAAAGUGGAAGAUGACUAAAUUAAGUUUUGGGACUUUAAUGGCCAUCUAUAGCACCCUAAUCUUUCUAAUAUUGCUUGGGCGUGCUGCAUUUGUAUUCCCUCUCUCCGCCCUUUCCAAUUACUUGAACAGAAAGGCCGAGAGAACAGAAGUAAUCACAUUUAAACACCAGAUAAUCAUUUGGUGGGCUGGGCUUAUGAGAGGGGCAGUCUCUAUUGCAUUGGCUUUUAAACAGUUCACAUAUUCGGGUGUUACGUGGGAUCCAGUUAGUGCCACAAUGAUCACCAACACCAUAAUCGUAGUCCUCUUCAGUACAUUGGUGUUUGGUUUUAUAACAAAGCCUCUAAUAAACUAUUUAAUUCCUCACCAUGAGACUAUCAAAAUCAGGCAUGGAGAAUCAGCUGUUCCAAAAGAUGACUUGAAUGUGCCUUUGCUCUCAUUCGAAGAAUCUACUGCAACAAACAUUGGCCGUGCAAAGGAUAGUUUAUCCCUUCUUAUAGAAAGGCCUAUUUCCACCAUACAUUCCUACUGGAGGAAGUUUGAUGAUAGCUAUAUGAGACCCAUAUUUGGAGGGCCAGUUACCAAUCAGUCGCAAUGUUAAAGGAACAAUGGCAAGUGAAUUAGAUAGCAGCAAGGUGCCAAGAUAUCCUGAUGGUAAUUCAUUUGAGUCCUGUGUUGGAAAUGGGCAAAUUUACUUUCUACUCAGUUGACAUUUUGUAAUGCUAUUCUAUUGGUGAGGAGAUGUCGUUUCUUGGUGUUGAACAUCAGGUCCACUUUUCAUCAAACUAGGCAGUUUCAACUUUCAAAUGUCACUGGGAAUACAGAAGCACAAUGAGUUUAAGUCGUGAGGUAGCAGUUUGCUAAUCUAUUAGAUGAGUCAAGUUUGACCUCAUUUCCUGACUAUGCAAAGUUUUGUUAUUAUACUUUUACUCACUACUCCUCCGGAAAGUUUACUGAUAGACUUUUUGUAUGUAGGCUUCAUCUAUAAGUGUAAUGAGAGAUUAAACUAGAAUCUUCUUCUAGGUUGUGACCUUGUCAGGUUUUUUUUAUCCCCAGUCUUCUUUUUGGUGUUUCUACAAUACCUACAAAAGGAUGCAAUUCCUUUUUCAAGAAAACA